AUGAAUAACACAUUGCUACCACUUAACGUAACACCUGGUUUUAAAUUGCUAGAUAGAAUUACACACAAACACGUUUUUAACAUACAAUAUCGCAACUUUGGAGUCUCUGGUAGUUACGGAGCCAAUAUUUACGGAGUUAGGGAUUCACCCAGUAACGCACGCUUGAUUAGACUUCCAAACAAGAGACGAAAUGAGUCAAUUAACCUGUAUCCAAGACUACACGUGUCUAAAUGGCCGGCCGACAUAAGGUCCCUUCGAGCUAAAUACUUCUUCAGGGACACUCAACAGACGAAUACUGGGUAUUACCAAAUGUUAAUCAAGGGGGAGGACGGAGUAAAAAAGGACCUGUGCUUCGUAUCAAACAUAGACCGAAACCUCACUCAGACCAAGACCAUUGAGUCGUGCGCUUCAGAGCACACCAGGGGCUUUGUGGGCCAGGUGCUGCUCCACGGCAGGGGAGUCAAGGCCUACUUUGAGCCCGAGUUCCCAAACUUAAUGUUUAGACUGGGCGUCGGCUCAAAGUGCAUCGACGCGACCAGAAUCUGUACGAUGUACUCCAAGUACGUCAGGGUCCACGUCGACAGAGCAGGUACCCGUUAA